GGACUCUGGAAAAAACUGCAAAGCUGCUGCUUUCAGCAAGGAUGGGUCCCUUUUUGCCUGGUGCAACGGAGAAAAGGUAAACGUUGUCAGUGUCACCCGUGCCGAGCUGCUGCAUUCCCUCGACCUUCCGAAGGCGGUUUGCCUUGAAUUCUCCCCGAAGAAUAGCGUUCUGGUGACGUGGCAGGCCUACACAACUGCAAAGGAUGGCACGGCGGGGGUGCCCAACCUCCAGCUUCAUGAUGUGAAAACCGGGAAGUGCGUGAAAUCUUUCAUCCAGAAAAAGAUGCAGAACUGGUGUCCUUGCUGGGCAGAGGAUGAGAGCGUUUGUGCCAGGAGCGUAAACAACGAAGUGCACUUCUUUGAAAACAACAACUUUGAUACUAUUGCAAAUAAGCUGCAUAUGCAGAAGGUUCAUGAUUUUGUGUUGUCUCCAGGAGCGCAGCCGACCAAGGUGGCGGUGUACGUUCCGGGCAGCAAAGGCGCCCCAUCCUUCGUUAGGCUCUAUCAGUACCCCAGCUUCGGCGGUCCUCAGUCUGCGCUGGCCAACAAAAGCUUCUUUAAAGCUGACAAGGUGACAAUGCUGUGGAACAAAAAAGCCACUGCUCUGCUGGUCGUAGCCAGCACGGACGUUGACAAAACCGGCGCCUCGUACUACGGAGAGCAGACCCUGCACUACAUCGCCACGGACGGGGAGAGCGCGGUGGUGCAGCUGCCAAAAAACGGUCCUAUUUAUGACGUCGUUUGGAGCCCCAACUCCAUGGAGUUCUGUGCUGUGUAUGGUUUUAUGCCGGCCAAAGCGACCGUUUUCAAUCUGAAGUGCGACCCCGUGUUUGACUUUGGAACCGGUCCUCGCAAUGCUGCCUACUACAGCCCCCACGGGCACGUCCUGGUGCUAGCAGGGUUCGGGAAUCUCAGGGGACAGAUGGAAGUGUGGGAUGUUAAAAACUACAAGCUCAUCUCCAAACCCGUAGCCUCGGAUUCCACGUACUUCGCUUGGUGUCCCGACGGGGAGCACAUUGUGACAGCGACGUGUGCUCCCAGGCUGCGCGUCAGCAACGGCUACAAGAUAUGGCACUACACCGGCUCUGUCCUGCACCGCUACGACGUUCCAGCCAGCGAAGAAAUGUGGCAGGUUUCCUGGCAGCCCUUCCUGGAUGGAGCGUUCCCGGCCAAAGCGGUGAAAUACCAGGCGGUUCCGAGCGAACUGCCCAGCGCGGAGCCGAAGCCCGCUCAGGCGUACCGCCCGCCCGCCCUGAGAAACAAGCCUGCCACGAGUUCCAAGCUCCACGAGGAUGAGCCGCCUCAGAACAUGAAGCCGCAGCCGGGCAGCAGUGACAAGCCGCUCUCUAAAACAGCUCUCAAAAAUCAAAGGAAGCAUGAAGCCAAGAAGGCUGCUAAGCAGGAGGCCAAAGCUGAUGCGAACCAGGAAUCUGCGCAGCCCUCAGCGACACAGAACACCCCACGGAGCGCUGCGCCCGCUGUUACCUCAGGAGAUCCGGAAGUUGACAAGAAGAUAAAGAAUUUGAAAAAGAAGCUCAAGGCAAUUGAGCAGCUGAAAGAACAAGCAGCUGCAGGCAAACAGCUGGAGAAGAAUCAGGUGGAGAAGAUUCAGAAAGAAGCUGCUCUCCUUCAGGAGCUGGAAGAUCUAGAACUGGGUCUUUAA